AGAGAUUUGUGGGCGAUGUUUAACAAAUCGGCUUUUAAAAGGCCUCCAUUCCUACCUCCCUCACUUAUUUCAUUGAAGCGCACUCAACGGACUCCAUGGAAGCGUUCUCCGUUGAAUCAAAUUCUUGUAUCCCCCAUUGAAUCAGCUUUUAAGGGCGGCCGCCCCUCCUGCCCUGCUCAUCUCUGGCGGGAUCUUCUUACUCUCUGUAUAAAGAUGCGAUUGAAGGCUGCAAGACUUUCUAGAGCAGCAUCUAGGGCGGAAACUGGCCCUACUAUGGUGCGAAGCUGGGAUGACUUGAACUACGAUAUAUUAAUGGGUAUAAUUAACAGAGUGCCUUGGCGUUGUAGGCUUUAUGUUGCAUGUUUGGUAAGCAAGUCGUGGUUGGCAGCAGUAUUAGACUCAUUGUCACCUGGUGGUGUGAUCAACCUCAAAGUCAUAGAUCCCCACAAGUUGAAAAAUGACUUUGAUUUCCCCAGGUUUCAGAGAAGAUACCUUUGUUUCCUGAAGCAUAUGUUGGAUACUAAGCCAGUUGACUCUUGUUCUGCAUUGUGCAUUGGUGAAACUGUGCUAAAGGCACACAAGUAUGUCUAUAUUGCUAAAAGGACACCCUCCCUGCAGCGGUUGGUUAUCUCUGAGGCCUUGGGUUACAGAUAUUCAUGUUUUAUGCAAGCUAUGCGUUAUUGGAGGAAGUUGAAGAAAGUAAAGUGUCCUGUAGAUCUGUUUGUAUUCCGCUCAGUCUGCUUUGAAAAGGUUGAAAGUCUUCAGUUAUUUGGCGUUGUGUAUGAUGCUGCAGCAAUAGCAAUCCGUGAUAGAUGUCCUAGACUCAGACGAUUGUAUCUCAUCUCAUGUGCUUUAUCAAUCACUGCGUUGUCAACAAUAUUAGAUGGGCACAAACGAUUGGAGGUGUUGGAUACCCGACAUAGUUUCUGUGUCCGUGACUGCAAAAAGACUGCUAGUAUUGGGAUAUCUCAAUCUGUGGAGUGGAAUGAAGAAGAGAUUCGCUGUAAGGCUGCUGGUAUAAAGUUGCACUUGAGGUGCACUAAACAGCGUUGUCCUAAAUGUUCUGCAACUUGGAAACACUGCUAUCCAAAAAUGAAGGGUCGACUUGCAAAUUAUCGUUAUUGGCGGUAUAUUUAAUCUACUUGUAAUGUUGUCUAUAACAUUUUAAUUUAUAAAGAAAAUUGCGAUAAAAUUUCCCUCACCCAAAAUUUUUACCAGCCAAAAUAUUUAUAUCAUAAAAGUUUUCAGUUAAACGAUAAUGUGGUUUGCAAUUUUCUGUUUUUGACGAAAUGGAUUGCAAUUUAUAAUA